UUAAUCCUUCAGGAUUACAGCUAAUUUUGGUUUUUGUUUACUUAUAUCCACCGAAUUGAUUAACAGACAAUAAAUAUUUACGCUAAUUAUUAUGGUUGGAAUUAUUGAUCGAGCAAAGGUUGCAAGAUUUGCGACUAGUUAUUUCCGAAUACAGGAAUUAUCCAAAACAGGUGAAAUUAAAGAGACCUAUAUAAAUACAACCUGUUCGCAUCAGCAGUGUUGAGUCUAGCAUUCUUGACAUCAAGGAGUGCAUUGUGGGAGCAAUCUUGAUUUGGAAAAAUGGAUGGUGUGUGUUUUUGGGUCCUUACGGUCCUUCUCGCAGGUGUACAAGCAAGCAAACGUGUACCAGAAGGUCGACUUGUUGGUGGUCGACCAACCACCAUCCAAAAACACCCUUUCCAAGUGUCUAUCAUCAAAAUCGACACCUACCACGCUGGCGGUACCAUCUUAAAGUCCAACUAUGUAUUAACAGCAGCUCAUUGCACUAACAAAGUUGCAGCCCAAGAUCUUUUUGUAAGAGCCGGAUCGACGCGGGUGGACGGCGGCGGGCAGCUGAUACAAGUGGAAAAAUAUUACCAGCACGAAAAUUUCGACCCAGAUACCUACGACUACGAUAUCUCGAUUUUGAAGUUGAAAAAAAGCUUGAAGUUUGGCGAUAAGGUAGCAGUUGCAGUUUUACCGUCACAGAGUGAAGCUGAUAUCCCUGGAGGUAUCGUUGGGACGGUCACGGGGUGGGGAAGGUUGUCGCUCUAUGGUAUUCGACCCCUUGAACUGAAUGAACUGGACUUGCCAACACUUAGCCCUAGUGCUUGUAGGCGGGAGUAUAAUGACACUGUAACAAAGAGGAUGUUUUGUGCUGGGUAUGUGGAAGGGGGAAAGGAUGCUUGUCAGGGUGAUUCUGGAGGUCCGUUUGUUAGUAAUGGGGUUCUAAUUGGGGUCACGUCGUGGGGAGAUGGAUGUGGAGCUCCUCAUAAACCUGGGGUUUAUCUGAAAGUGCAGUAUUUUAGAAAUUACAUUGAUUAUUGCACUCACAUGUCACAUGAUGUCAACUGACCAAUCAAACGCGUCAAUAUUUGUAAAUUCAACCAAUCAGCAUACAAUUACGUGAUAAUUGCACACUGUGCAAUUACCACUACCGAUAAUUAUCACUAGCCAGAUGUGCCAACUAUAA